AUGGGUCCAUACUCAUCGGAGAAACUUAUACUUGUGACCCGUGAACCUAAUGGGAUCGCGACUGUUACCAUCAACCGACCCGGAUCCCUCAACUCGUUGACCCGACCCAUGAUGAUUGAUCUUGCCCAUGCUUUCAAGGCGCUUGGAAAGGACGACUCCGUGCAGGUUAUCAUCCUGUCUGGAUCAGGACGGACCUUCUGUUCUGGAGUGGAUUUGACGGCAGCGGAGCAAAUUUUCAAGGGUGAUGUGAAGGACCCGGAGUCAGACCCGAUUUUUCAGAUGGAGCAAUGCCCCAAACCCAUUAUCGGUGCCAUCAACGGGUUUGCGAUAACUGCCGGGUUCGAGAUCUCACUCGCUUGUGAUAUUCUGGUUGCUGCUAAAGGAACCAAGUUCUUGGAUACUCAUGCCAGAUUUGGGAUAUUUCCUUCAUGGGGGUUAUCCCAGAAGCUUCCCCGCAUUAUAGGACCACACAAGGCUCGUGAAGUAUCAUUGGCAGCCAUGCCUUUGACGGCCGAGGAGGCUGAGAAGUUGGGGUUUGUCAAUUAUGUUGUUGAGGAAAGUGAAUUGUUGAAGAAAGCUCGACAGCUUGCAGUAGCAAUAAUGAAGAAUAACCAAGACAUGGUUAUUAGGUACAAGUCUGUGAUCAAUGAUGGAUUCAAGUUGGAUCUCCAUCAUGGUCUCGCGCUGGAGAAGGAGAGGGCUCAUAAGUACUACAAUGGAAUGACCAAGGAACAGUUUAAGAAGAUGCAAGAAUUCAUAGCUGGGCGUAGUUCCAAGAAAGCAUCUUCCAAGUUGUAAUCCAUGGAUAUUCUGUCUUCCCGUUUAGUCACUGUAUUAAAAAAACAAUGUUGCGUCCACCUAAUCUGGGAAAUAAAUUCUUGGUUACUGGAGUAGCCUUGUUUGAUGAGAACUCUUUCAAUUACAUAAAUAUUGGUUCUGCCAAAUCGAGGAGGUUUGGUUUUGAACAUAGUAAGGCCUUAUUUGAAAGUGCUAAUUUGAAUUCUCUCGUC